AGAAAAGAAACACAGACAAAAGCCAAAAGAGAGCACAUUGCACAAAUUCUGAAGUGGAACCGCGAAGAAAGCAGGUGGUGAAUUGGUGUAGGGGAAUUUCGUGGGAAGUUUGAGCAUGGGCAGUAACUGGUGUUAUAAACUCUGCUCUUCUCCACUAUUCCCUUCUUCCUUUUCUUCUUCUUCAAUUCCGAGGAGAGUAAUAUUCUCAGUUUGCCCUCCUCCUCGUUCUGUUCUAUCAGCUUCCCAUCACAUUGUCAGCAGUGAAUUCACUUGGGACGACGUCUUCAACUUCCAAACGCACCAACCUGUCAGGUCUGACCUCAGCGGCUUCGUUGAGAAAGUGAAACUCUGCAAUCGCAAUUGUGAGAAGCAAUGUGAAUUUCACCCUUUUGUAAUUGAAGGGCACGUCGUUGGCUAUGUUCACCACGGAUUUGCUAACCACCUGAGGGAAUAUCAAGAUGUAUUCACUUUCCCAAGGAACACCUCGUGUGGCAGCCACUUAGGAUGCCACAUAGAAUUACAUCCGAAGCUGACUACAUCAGAGGACAGGACAAAAGCUGUUGGAGAUGUAGUCGCGUGCUUGGGUGAAGAACUUAUUCCAGGAAUACGAAAUGAGCUCUAUCCUGUCACAUCUUCUUUUGGGGCCCCAUCAUUUUUCUCACUGGAACGCGCAGCAGCACCAUACUUUGGAAUAAAGGCCUAUGGGGUUCAUAUGAAUGGCUAUGUGCAAAGAGGCAACCAGAAGUAUCUGUGGAUAGGAAAGAGAAGUAAAGUAAAACCUACAUAUCCUGGAAAGCUUGACCAUCUUGUUGCUGGAGGCCUGCCGCAUGGGAUACCCUGUGGGGAGAAUCUUGUAAAGGAAUGUGAAGAAGAAGCUGGCAUACCAAGAUCUAUUGCCAGCCAAGCCAAAGCUGUUGGGGCUGUAUCUUACUUGGACAUUGAUGGAUAUAGAUUCAAGAGAGAUGUUCUUUUCUGUUAUGAUCUAGAGCUUCCUGAGGACUUUGUUCCUGAGAAUGAGGAUGGAGAGGUGGAAAGCUUUAAACUAGUCCCCGUCACACAUGUUGCAAAUAUCAUAAGCAGUACCCAAUUUUUCAAGGAAAAUUGCAAUCUUGUCAUUAUCGAUUUCCUCUUCCGCCAUGGGUAUAUUAAGCCUGAGGAGUUAGGAUAUCUGAAGCUACUGCAGAGUCUGAGAAGUGGAGAUUGCACCUAAAUGUUGUUCAGUUCAGAACAGAGCAUACUCUAUUACUCGGCCAGAAUAGAUACAUUACGCGGGAAUUUGUUUGCGCUACUCUUUCGUUACCCUUUUUCCUUCUGCGCAUGUUCAUGUUUCCACAUGGUUAGUCAGUGCUUGCAAAACACUUCAGGUACUAAUUCUCAGAAGAAGUGGCAAGUGAUUGGGAAGUAAAAGUUCUUUGUGUAUAGAAAUUAUGUUCAAAAUGAAAAUAAACUAUAAACCAACUUUUACUGAAGUUGUGAUAAUGAAUCCCUUCUGCAUUUGGCACGCA